AUGUUCUGCCCCACGCAUCCAAGCGCCCACUUGAUUGAGGACCACCGCGCUGGCGACGUUAUCUGCCCUGAGUGCGGCCUUGUUGUGGGGGAUCGUCUCGUCGACGUCGGAACGGAAUGGCGUUCCUUUUCGAAUGAGAACAGCGGCAACGACCCUUCCCGUGUUGGUGCCCCGGAGAAUUUGCUGCUUUCCGGCGGCGAUCUGUCGACGCAUAUCGCCGUUGGAUUCGGCUCCAGCGAGAGCGAUCAGAGUCUCGCCAAUGCGCAGCGCAAGACGUUGAACAACACCGAUCGGCAGAUGACCGUGGCGAUCGGCGUCAUUCGUGACAUGAGUGACCGCAUUCAUCUUCCGAGGGCUAUUCAGGAUGUUGCGGCCAAGAUGUUCAAGGAUGUUUUGGAUACCAAGGCACUGAAAGGAAAGAACAAUGAAGCACAGGCCGCGGCAUGCCUCUACAUCGCCUGCCGCAAGGAAAAUGUGCCGCGCUCGUUCAAAGAGAUUUGCGCUGUCUCACGGGUGUCCAAGAAAGAAAUCGGUCGCUGCUUCAAGACCAUUGUCAAGACGAUGGAGACCAACCUCGACCAGAUCACGUCGGCCGACUUCAUGUCGCGUUUUUGCGGCAAUCUGGGGUUGCCUAUGCCCGUUCAGACGUGCGCCACCCGAAUUGCCAAGAAAGCUGUAGACCUGGAUUUGGUGGCCGGAAGGAGCCCGAUUUCUAUUGCCGCAGCUGCUAUUUACAUGGCUUCACAGGCAUCCGCCACCAAAUGCACGGCGAAAGAAAUCGGUGACAUAGCUGGUGUCGCCGAGGUAACCGUCAAACAAGCCUACAAACUCUUGCUCCCGAUGGCCGCUGAUCUGUUCCCGACGGAUUUCGUCUUUACAACCCCGAUCAAGGAGCUGCCCCUCCAAAAUGAGAUCAAGCCAUCCGCC